UUAAUGCGGAAAUUAGGGAUUCGUAAGUGACAGAGGGUGGAGUCCAGUAUGUUACGUCACUAACCAUGGUGGUCGGCGCUUUUCCUAUAGCGAAGCUCCUGUACCUGGGGGUCCGGCAGAUCAGUAAACCGCUCGCCAACCGGAUUAAGGCGGGAGCCCGGCGCAGCGAGUUCUUCCGCACCUAUAUCUGCCUCCCGCCCGCUCAAGCGUACCAUUGGGUGGAAAUGCGAGCGAAGAUGAGGAUCAUGGGCUUCCGCGGAGCUGCCAUUAAACCACUGAACGAGGAGGCAGCAGCUGAGCUGGGGGCGGAGCUUCUCGGGGAGGCCACCGUCUUUAUUAUUGGCGGAGCUUGCAUGAUCGCAGAGUAUUCGCGGCAGUCUGCCAACUCUCGCCGGAAAGAGGAGGAGAUGGAGGCCAGGCUGAGCUGUAUGGAGUCAGAGAUUGCGCGACUUGGUCUCCUCACAGAAGAGUUGGAUGCACGUGCCCGAGCAGCAGAGCGACAGAUGGUGGCAAAGUGAAACCGGUCACAUGCGUUGAAGCUGAUGCCAGACUGGUACCCGCCCUAUGUCUCCAGCCCUGGCACGAGGCUGAACUGAGGGACAUUUGACGUCUCUGGAGCGGGGAGGAAUAGAGGUUGGGCUGUGCUGCCCCCUGCCUGCUGGAAUAUGUAUAUACAGGAAUAAAAGGACAUUGUUGUGAUGA